GUCGGGCCCCCGAACCCGUGUCCCGUCGGGCUCUUGGGACCUCCGUCGUAGGUCUGGACAUUAACGCCCCAACGGGCGGUUUCCCCGGGAUCGCCGCCCCCCCCACCCCGCGCCCCCGCUUAGUUAGUGGAAGGCCUGGGCUGAGGCGCAGGUCUGCCUCUUAAGCCCAGGCCCCCUGUGCGCAUCCCCAGGGCGCGCGCGACUGCAGAAGCGACGCGCGGUGGCAGCGUGGCCUGACGCUCUGACCCCCAGAGUUAAGAGCGAUUCUGCCACUGCUGUUGGGGCCCUUUUCUCCCCAACACCUGACAGCACGUUUGUUUGUUUGCAGCAUCACCUCCGGGAAGAGUUGAAGACUAGCCAGAAAAAAAAAAAGCACUGGACAAAUGCUGGUUCCAAAACCAUGACCGGUGUCAGCACACCUCUGCUGAGUUGAAAGCCGAGCGGGGAGCCCUGAGAGGGGCUGCUGUCAGUUUCCGUCUCCUUGUACGGGGCCGUUUCACUGGGGACACUAGGUUCGUCUUUUCAGAUGAGGUGCUCCAAGCCGCGCUGUCAGAAUCGCAGCAGACACCUGGCACGUGUCCCCUGUCCACUCCACAGCUAGUGACACGCACACAGCCGUCCCGGGGAAACGCUGCGGCCGGGGCGCCGGUGACCUGCUUGCUGUCUCACGUGUGGUUCUUAGGUGUCUUUUCAGAAUGCUCGGAGGUGCCUCUCAAGUUUCCUUGCAAAGAACUCACAUAAGGGUGUGGCCUCCGAGUGGCCUGAAUUUCUCAUUUCCACCAUUAAGUUAAGUAAGGAAUCCUCAAACUCAAGAGCUGAGAAGCAUGUGCAUUUAGUGCAAAGCAGCUGGCGGCUGUCCACGAGGACUGGCUCAGAGGGGCCUGGUCCACGGGAGCCCAGGAGAGGGAAGGCUCCGGCCCGUGAUGAGCGGCCGCGUCCCACUGGCGGAGAAAGCCCUGUCUGAAGGCUACGCCCGGCUCCGGUACCGGGACACGUCCUUGCUGAUCUGGCAGCAGCAGCAGCAGAAGUUGGAAUCUGUGCCGCCGGGGACGUACCUGAGCAGGAGCCGAAGCAUGUGGUACUCACAGUACGGAAACGAGGCCAUCCUAGUCCGGGACAGAAACAAGCUCGAGGUCUCCCGGGACACGGGGCAGUCCAAGUUCUGCACGAUUAUGUGAUUCUGGGGUGAAAAACCGGUCCCAGGCUCCAAGCUGUCUUGCUGACUCCUAGUCCUUACCGGGAGGUUUUGAACAGUGAACAAGACUGAGAUGUAGUGGAGGGACCCAAGAAUCUCGGAGAUGGUGCCCCAGCCCGCGAGCAGUCAGGGGGCUGGGGGACUGGGCUUCCGGGCUCCUUCUGACCUCCCAGGCGCUGCAGGCACAGCCCAGCCUGGGGCACUCUAGAUGCAGCUUUGGUUAUGCUUCCAAAGAAAUCAAGCAAGAGUGACGCCGCAGUUGCAGACAGCCCUUCCACAUACUCAGAGGUGGUUUUUAGGAUUCACUUCUGCCUGGUAAAGAAUGGGUCAGAGCUAGAAACGGGGUGGAACUGGCAUCAUGUGUGGUCGAAAACCCACUUGCAGGACCAAGGUGGACUUCCCUUAAAUGGUCAGCAGCUGUGGCAUUUCACCGGGAACUUUGUGGCCCUUGAAUUUUGAUUCUAAUUGUGAAACUGAUUGCGUGUGAUGCAUCGUGUAUGUAGCUUCUAUACUGGCCUCCUAAUACUUGAGACUUGAGGGCAAAUGCAUCCAAAAAACAUCAGGGAAACCCCAAAUCCAUUAAGUUACACACCAGUUGCUUACAGGGAUUUCAAAUUUAAUCACAGCGCUUCAAAAGGCAGGUUCUCAGCUGACAGUAUUUCAGCCUCCUUGCCCUGAGCGUUGGUCAUUGUGUGUUGGUCAUUACCACACACCGGCAGCCUCGGCCCCCCUUGGACGGUUUUCCACGUCAUUUUGAAAGGCUCUGCUGCCUGCUGGAAUUAAAGCCCACGUGGCAAGGCCAGUGUGGAAGGAUCUUUUGUCGAAGUCAAGUCUUCUUUGCUAAAUACAUCUUUAGGGGCCCCUUCCUGCCUCACUCCUUAUUUUUAUGUGCUUGUCCGUGGUCACUUGGCUUUCAGCUUUUUCCUAACAGUAACACCUAAAGAUUGCUGAAAACCCCAACAAGGAAAUACAAGAGGCAAAUCCCAGCGUCCUCCCCAGAGGCAGCACGGUCAGCGGCGGGGAGGGCGUGUGUGCUGCUUGUCCUGCCACUGUUUUCCUCGCUCAGCCGUACAGGCAGGGCAUUUCCAUCACGCUUUGAACGGCUGGGUGGCCGUGCUCCUGGUGGGCAGAGGCCUUCCUGCUGGCCACGCACACGGUGCAUCUGGAGCUUCACCGUGUGUGGUUCUUUGGGCCGGUGUGCAAGUCAGCUAGCAGACAGCAUCCCCCCCGAUCAGACAUCCAGCCAGGGGACAUCUGGCUGAGAGCCCCCUCUUGCGUGCUGCCUUAGGUCAGAAGGCUGGAAGUCACAUGUCCUUCAGUGCCUCCCGGAGCUGAAGAGGAUGGCCUGGUGCAUCUACAGAGUCAGUGGAACUCCCCAGUAGACAGGCCUUGUCAGCAUCUCUGCUGUCCUUCAACUUGAGCCCUGUUUGGGAAGAAAGCGAACUCAAGCGUACCUGCAGCGCCUCUGUACGGCGCACUAGACUAACCUAGACGUGCCGUGGCCGGGGCAGCCCCACGCAGAGGGCGGCAGCCAGGAAAGCAAGCCCUGGUCGUACGCACAGGUGACUGCCGUGGCCCCGGGCCCGCAGACAGCUGGCGCUAAGCAGCUUAACAUGCAGGGAGGGCCCAUCUGCGUCAGGGGGCCUGGGUGGCUGGCCUCCCCGGCUGAGGUGGACACGGCCCAGCCAGUCCCCGUUCUAGGGGAGCUUGGGCUGGGUAAGAGAGGGCCAGGGGUCUGAGCCAGGUGACGUGUGCCCCCGAGGGAAUGCAGUGAGGUGCCGGAGGAGGGCGGCCUAGGGCCUGGACUUGGGCAGAGCCCUCUCCUCCAGGGCGGUUCUGCCAGGCUUGGCUCACGCAGCCUGACUGCUUUGGAAACAGUGUCAGAACUCGCAUUUGUCUCCACCGCCCCUCAUCCUUCACUGAUGCCUCCACCGUGUGCGGGGUCCCAUGUGGUGGGGGGACCCAGCGUGCCCACCAGCUUGACAGGGCUCUAUGGGGAUGUCUGGGCCAGCCAGGCGAGUGUUAGAUGCCUCUAGUCUCAGAAACCGCCUGGGCGCGGACAGAGGGUGCAGCGGGGACACAGACGCCCUAUCCUGCACGUCUGCGAAGGCAGGUGGCUCGUGCAGAGUCACACCCCUAGACCCGGGGCCCUCAACCCCGGGCCUCCCCGCUGGGCAGAGGACCACAGCCACGACCUCUUAAAACGUCCUUCUGAUGCUUCAGGUGUUCCUGCCAGGAGCUGAGGGAUGUGAGAACCAGGGCUGCAUCCCGUCGUCCGCGCUGGUGAGGGGAGAAGGGAGGCCAGAGAGCACGGGAAAAGGAACAUCCAGGUGCCUCUUUUUUUCUUUCUUUUAUUAUGAAAACAAAACAAAUGCCCCAGGAGAAGGGUCCAUGGUUACCAGAAACAUCAAAGAGUACUUUCUACCAUUUUUAUUCUGUUGUGUUGAGGCCAGCAUUGCAAUAAACAAGCUAACACUACUUACAUUGGACUCAUUUUCAGUAACUGACAUUUACAGGAAUAUACUAGGAACGGCACUAAAAAGGUUAAGAAAAGUUACGGUCAACUUGCAUGCACGUCGUACAGAAAAGUAACGCUUUAAAUACAAAAAAGGAAGCUUCCUGGAAGUGCUGCGCCAGUAUGGAGGAACAGCGCUACACUGGGUGUGACAAAUCUUUUUAUCGUGGGUGAUGGCUUUUCCCAAAGGACGCUGAUAAAAGAUGUGAACGCUGCAAAAGAACAAAAACAAAAGCAAACAAACAAAAAAGAAAACGUGUGUCAACAGUCUGUACGCAAGAUGAGUGAGCGAGGGUCUCUGGAGUUCAGUUAACACCCGAAGCCCGCCCCGGGCCUCCAGGGGUCACCGCACGAGUGUUUCCAAAGCCGCUUCCACUUUCUGCGCGUGGCCAGCCUACUUAACCCGGCCCUUUCCCCCGAAAGCCUGCCCUGCAGUUCUGGGCCCUGGAGCAGCUCUGCUUUCCAACACAAGAGAAGUGGAAAUGGUGAACACUCACAAGCUGACCUCAGGGGGAGGGGGGAAGAGGUCCCCCAAAACUCUGCAGUCAGUUC